AUGCAUUUUGUUCGAUGUCUGAAGACUAAAGCUAGCUCUUUCUCCUCACCUUGGGCCUCUGUGUCUUCUGAUGAUGGCUCAUGGGCUCGGGCAGCCCUAUUAUCAGGACCUCCGGGAAUAGGGAAAACAACAACUGCCGGUGUUGUCUGCCGGGAGCUAAUUUUCACUACAAUUGAAUUAAAUGCCUCAGAUGUAAGAUCAAAGCGAACUUUGCACGCAAUACUUUCAGAUGCUCUUGGAAUGCAUAGUCUUGCAGGAAUGGCGACUGGGACAGAAUCCUCUCUUUCAUCUCGGCACCAUGCACUGAUCAUGGACGAAGUUGAUGGCAUGACUGGCAACAAUGAUCGAGGUGGCAUGCAGGAACUGAUAUCUUUGAUAAAGACUACUCGAAUUCCGAUAAUAUGCAUGUGUAAUGAUCGACAGUCUGUAAAGGUUGGACAUUUGGUUGUAGUAAAUUUUAACCUUUUUUUACCUUUAUGCUAUUAUAGUUAUGAACAUAAAUCCUCAGGAUUUCAAGACCAAGAUGUUGUGGUCUUUGGCAUGGUAGCCGUCUCGCUUCGAUUAUUAGAAGAAGGCUGA